CAAACACUGAGCUCGUAUUUCCUCUCCGCCGACUGUCCCAGCAGUGCAAGAGCGGUGCGAUGCUUACUCUCCAACAUUAAGCUUCAUUUCUUCCCCCUUCUCUUCCCCCCCAAGCACCCUUAAAGCGAGGACACCUCCUCGUGUCUUUUAUACCUUUUUUUUCAUUUUUCUUUUUCUCGAACAAGCAGCUCCAGGUUUUUGGACAUGCCUAACAUCGUGCUUUUUAGCGGGAGCUCCCACCACGACCUGUCCCAGAAAGUAGCGGAUCGGCUGGGACUGGAGCUGGGGAAAGUGAUAACGAAGAAAUUCAGCAACCAGGAGACAUGUGUGGAAAUUGGGGAAAGUGUGCGUGGUGAAGAUGUGUACAUCAUUCAGAGCGGCUGUGGGGAAAUUAACGACAACCUAAUGGAACUGCUAAUCAUGAUAAACGCCUGCAAGAUCGCCUCGUCGUCCCGUGUCACUGCUGUCAUCCCCUGCUUCCCUUACGCCCGACAGGACAAGAAGGACAAGAGCCGAGCGCCCAUAUCAGCCAAACUGGUGGCUAACAUGUUGUCGGUGGCUGGUGCGGACCACAUCAUCACCAUGGACCUCCACGCGUCACAGAUCCAGGGCUUCUUCGACAUUGCUGUGGACAACCUGUAUGCUGAGCCCGCCGUCCUGCAGUGGAUCAAAGAACACAUUCCUGAGUGGAAGAACUGUAUCAUCGUGUCUCCAGAUGCAGGAGGAGCAAAACGCGUGACGUCCAUCGCGGACCGUCUGAAUGUGGACUUCGCUCUCAUCCACAAAGAGAGGAAGAAGGCCAACGAGGUGGACCGCAUGGUGCUGGUCGGUGACGUCAAGGACCGCGUGGCCAUCCUGGUGGACGACAUGGCUGACACCUGCGGCACCAUCUGCCACGCUGCUGACAAGCUAAUCGAUGCUGGAGCUGUGAAGGUCUACGCUAUCCUCACGCACGGCAUAUUCUCAGGUCCGGCCAUAUCUCGCAUCAACAGCGCCCCAUUUGAGGCUGUGGUGGUGACCAACACCAUCCCACAGGAGGAGAAGAUGAAGGCGUGCCCGAAAAUACAGGUCAUUGACAUCUCCAUGAUCCUGGCGGAGGCCAUCAGGAGAACCCACAAUGGCGAGUCCGUGUCCUACCUCUUCAGCCACGUACCCUUGUAGAGAACAGGAGCUCGUCAGGCCAUGGGGCCAACGCUUUCGGGCACACCUCCUCCAGUUGAGGCUGAAAACAAAAGAGGCCUGAUGGGUUUCAGCCAAAAGCCCAUGUGACUGUUUAAAGGUCACGCCCACACAUUGUCCUUUACAUCUCACCCAGCAGACAGAGUGAAAUAUCACUUCCUCCUCCAAAGACCAACUUUGUAUUUAUGAGCUUUUUUUUUUUUUUUUUUUUGCUUUUCCCCCUCUCUCUCUUUCAGUUUCAGUCUUGCUAACCUUGAGCCCAUCACUCAUUGGCCUCCACUUUAACCAAAGGGUCCAUUAUGUAACACCGUGUAUUAUUUUUACCUCACUUUAAAUUAAGCAUUCCACUGUGUCAUGGGGUCAGCGAUAUUUAUGGCCCAUUAUGCUUCACAAAGUAAUAAAACAUGAAAAUGUAUCCCCGUCCCCUGCUGUCACUGAAGUGUUUGCUUUGUAAGAGCCGCUGAAAGUAUUAUAGUUGUAGCCUAACUCUUUAACACUUUGAUUCUGGUAGUUUAAGCUUAGUGCCGUAUUCCUAGUGUAGUUUAAAAAGCUGCAUGGCGAGUGUAACUGUACCGACGUGACCGCGGGCACAUAGUCGAGUCAGAGAGCUGCGAACACUUUCUUUUAGUUCCUCGUUUCUUUUAGUGAGACUCGCCUGGUUCAAAUGCACGACAUUAGGGCAGCCUUCCUUCCUGAGAAUCACACUAAAAGGAGAUUUAACUAUGAAUACGAGGUGUACAGGAUGCUUACCCAAGAGGUCAUGAUGAGAAAUCGAGCAUAAAGCUUUGUUCUAGUGUAGAUUUCAGCCAUGAUUUGUUUUGUUUUUUUAAAGGUGAAUCACCUGUAAUGGGUCACAUUUGCCUGCAGGUGGAUUGAAAAGUUGGCAUAAAAAUGUGAUUUCUUCUCUUUUUAUAUAUAUAUCUCUGUGUAACACUUUGACAAUAAAGCUUUUGACAGUGGC